AUGCAGACCCAGUCCGGCCCCAAAAAUGCGUCCAGCCUAGCCCCGGUUCCAUACCAGGACAUUGACCAGGAGUCCCGGUUAAGGCGUGGUGUUUCAGGCCCAACACGUUCCCCGUCAAAUCCGACCUUCGACCCAGACAAUUUGAGCAUGUCGAGUCGCACCUCGUCACCGCCGCCGUCGUCCACAUCCUCUCGCCGUCGCAAAAGAGUCAUCAGCGUCAAUUCCGAUAGCAAGACCUUCUCACUGCUUCCGCAAUCGCAGUCCCCGUCGUUGUCAGGAGCUGGCUUCUUCGGCUCAUCUCAGUUCUCCUGCACCACGCCCGAAAGCUCUUGGGGUCGCGUCUCAUCAAACAUCUUCCGAGUCAAGGAUCGCUCCAGAUCGCCCCUAACGCCGGAAACCCCUUGGACGCCGCGGAUGGGAAGCGGCGUUCGAAAGCUGGAGCAGUUGCCAGAUGACGGAGAGGGGCAGCUGGCUCAAACACCCGAUGCCCCGAAUUUCUCUCCGCCCUUGCCGGACUGCUAUUGUUCCGAAUAUGGUGCGACCGGUGCUCAGCUGUCUAACAAGAACUCCUUUCAAACUACAGCCUCCAAUUCGACAUUAUCCGAGAGAACAAACUUCAAGAUCUACGGCGAGAGUUCUCCUGUGCGACCGGUAGCGCGAGCCCUGACGGGGGAGUACGAACGCAGCCUUGCCCCUUCAUCAAGCCAUUCUGGCAAUUACAACAUCCUCGGCGAGUCGUCCUCGGAAAACUACUCCCUCUCCGACAGCUUUCGUCCGAAUACAGGCGAGAGCAAUGCCAACUAUGUUGUCCUCGGGCCGCCGUCGUCCGCUGGCUCGAGGCCGGCUACAAACCGGGGCCCCAGGCGCCCUCGCUUCUCGUUCUCGCGAGUCACUGCGCCGAGGCUCUCUUACGUCCUUGGGUGCCGCCAUGACUCAAGAAGCCACCCUCGCCUUGUUUGCUGGGACCUCGCCGAUACAUUCUCCCGCGAAUACGACCAGCCAACCAUCUUCCAACCGACGCGAAAGCGUUUCUUCAAACGGCACGCUGCCCAGAGCUUACCAGUGGAGUGCGGCCUUAUCGACCGUCAUGUCGGAAAGCGAGGGAGACAGUCUACCGCCCUCACGUUCACUCUCCAUGUGGUCCUUUCCCAACCGCCGAAGCAGUACUAA